UCAGGUCAGUUCAGCGAGGACAUGAUACCCACAGUGGGAUUCAACAUGCGGAAAAUAACAAAAGGAAACGUCACCAUUAAGGUCUGGGACAUCGGAGGACAGCCUCGCUUCCGCUCAAUGUGGGAGCGAUACUGCCGUGGCGUCAAUGCUAUUGUGUACAUGGUGGACGCAGCAGACCCAGAGAAGAUAGAAGCGUCACGCAAUGAGCUGCACAACCUCCUGGACAAGCCCCAGCUGACGGGCAUCCCUGUGCUGGUGCUCGGCAACAAGCGGGACCUGCCAAAUGCCCUUGACGAAAAGGGCCUCAUUGAAAGAAUGAACCUGUCCGCCAUCCAGGACCGCGAGAUCUGCUGCUACAGCAUAUCCUGCAAAGAGAAGGACAACAUUGACAUCACGCUGCAGUGGCUCAUAUCUCACUCCAAGUCUGGCGGCCGCUGAGCACAAAACUAGUGUCGUGGGGAGGGUCCAGUCAUGCAAUCCAGUUAGUGAUCUGUAUGCUGAUCCUGCUGUGAACUGAAGGCUUCGUUGUAGCGUGAUAAAUAAAUACGUGGACUGCCUUGGGUCGAGCAAUCUAUUUAAAUGGAAGCAUCACCUGCUGGCAGCCCUUCAUACACCAACACCAAACGAGAAUAAUGUCAUAAUAUCAUUAUUCUCCGCAUUCAUUGACCUAUACUUCUUUCCCUUCUGCCUAAUUACCAAUUGUCAAAAUAGUUUUUUAACUUGAUGUUCUGGCUACAAGCAAGCAGUUCACACUUUGUACUGACUGCUCUGCUUUAAACUCAACCUCCCUUCCAACUGCCAGAAUAUUGUUGGUGUAAACAACUCAUUACUUCCACCAUAAUUCUAACCACUGUCUUCCUGAUGACUCAUUUCUCCUACCGUAUAGGUUGUCUACCUCUCUACUGGUGGAUAUACCUUCUUAGCCUUUACCUUGUUCUCUCCGCAUCUACUUCUUUUCUUCUUGCUCUCUUCCUUUUCUUCCCUUAACCUACCCUUCCUUCUCCCCUCUUUUAUCCCUUGCUAAGGUCAGAUAAUACACUAAAUUUCUUCUAUUUUAUGAUAGCAUCAGACUGCAUCGCCCGAAGUCCCUAUUUCUUGUCCUUGGAGACAUAGACAGCAAUUGAAUGCUGAGUGUGUUUGCUGUUCGUGACACAACCAUACAGGGCUGUCGCAACUAUCUUUAUAAGUUGGGAAAUGAAAACUGUCUCUCCAUUCAAUUCAUGAUUUGAACUUUGACAUGAGCUGCUUCAUGAGCUGCUUGACAUUUGUUGUGAUCAAUGCUAUCUCAAUUUGAUUAUGUACACAUUUAACUUCAAAUUGUUCAGCGCUGUUCUGGUGAUCCUAAACGGAUCAGUAAAAAUGUUGAGCAAAACUAAUAUGGAAGUAGAAUUCUUUCAUUUGAUUAAAAUUCUCCGAAAACGUUUAAACAUUCCAAUUAAUUUUUUUGGUCUUAUUCAGGUUAAUCAUAUUUCUGGUUUAUAUUUACAAUCAAGAACGAGUGACAUAUUAAGAGAUCUUAAUCAAUAACCAAGCCACUUUGGUCUUGGUAGCACUGUAACUCAGAGCGCAUAGACAUACUCAGCUUUAGUGUGCUUAGGUUUAGGCCAAAAUCUGAGUAACUUUCAUGAUCUUAGCAUUUAGAUUUUUCUAUUGAUAGCAGGGUGCAAUGACUAUGGAUUUUAUGGUCACACCGCCAUAAGGGUAUUUAUUGUAACUGUCUGCGGGCAAGCAACUGAGAGGCGUCCAUCAGGCGACUGGAGGGGGAUGUCCCUUGGCAGAAAUGUCUGCCAAGCCACCAAAGAGUUCAGAAGAUGUGCGUGUGUGAUGCAGUUAGUAAUAAUUAACAAAUUGGGAAUAAAUUUGUGAUCUUACUUACAUGAAUCGUGUUACAUGAAUAGUGCUGCAGCUGAGAUGCAACUGCUGAGGCCGUUAAUGGUAUUGUGUAGAGGUUGGAGAUGUGUUAUUUUUGGAGUAUCCAUCCAAAAUCUGUAUCUGUAUAUCCUGUAUGCACUAGUCGCAGCGAUAUGGUCACGUUGAGGAAGGCACACGUGUAUGUGGUGGUUGUAACGAGAGGGGAUUGGGUGUUAAUCUAAUGGAAGUGUUACUUUAGGAAGUUGGACGAGCGAGGGGUGAAGUAAUACUUGAAGAUUUGGGUUCGGAGCUUAACCAAUAUUAUUCAUAUUUAAAUUGGUAUAGGUUGCUGCGCUGCCACAUUGGAAUAUAUGUGGCAGCGUAAAUGCUAUACACAUUUAUACGUUUGAACAUAAGCCAGAUUGGAUCAAUUCUGUUUGAAUAGAUUGCUACGCCCUUUUUUCAAAAGAACUCGUGUCAUUUUGCUGCAAUGAAGCAUUGGUGAAGUAUUUAUUUAAUGCAACUGGGGAAUAUUUAGAAGUUAGUAAUUGUGAUAUAUUGUUUAUUAGACUUGUGCAUUAUUGCGCUGAACUCGUGACGGCUGCUGGCAUCAAAGUUUAAGUUACCGUUUAACUGAUCAUCUUUGCUGAAUAUAUGUAUUGAUAAUUUUAUUUGUACUGAAUAGUGAGCUGAAGGUAUUACAUUCAUGAUCACAGUCACAUGAUGACAACAAGUUAAUAAUGACUGGCGAUAGUGACGAGGCUAAUAUUAACGAUCACGUUUUGUAAUGAUGGUGUAGGAAUUUGUAUGUAUUAUAUCUCGAUGAUGUUUAUUGUAUGGUAAUUCUGUGUGGAGACUUGCUGCUGUGUACUGAGCCUGGCGUGCUCAUGAGUAGCUGUAUGCUCAUGUGUAGCUGUAUGCACAUGUGCAGCUGUAUGCACAUGUGCAGCUGUAUGCACAUGUGCAGCUGUAUGCACAUGUGUAGUGUGCAACAUCUCCUUGUAUCAUGAAUUGGUUGUAUAUUUUGUGUAGUUUAGCUGCUCUAGCGCUAUUUCCCCUGUUCAUAUUUUGAAUAGUUCCCCCUUCACCUGAGAAAAAAUAACAAUUGCUAGCGAUGUAAGUGUUGGGGCGGGCAGGGUGUGGGUACAGCAAGAAACUUGCAAUUUGCUGGUAUUUUUCUGAAAAUAUAUUAAUUUUCACAACAAAAUAUUAAUUUUCUGAAAAUAUAUUAAUAAUAUUUUGUUGCAGCAAUGAAUGUCCUUAUCAUGGCGUGUGACAGGCAGCUUGGCUAUGAGUUAAAUUCGUUUGCAAUGUGAUGAAUUAUUUCUGGGUUAAAUAUCUUGGCCUUGCCGUGAAUUAUUUGGCUUUGUGCUGAAUAAAUGAACGGGAAGAAACAAUUCUUUUGACUUUUGAAUGAAGAUCAAAGUGUCUGCAGUUGCUGGUGCUGGCACUGUCUGCAGUUGCUGGUGCUGGGACUGUCUGCAGUUGCUGGUGCUGGCACUGUCUGCAGUUGCUGGUGCUGGCACUGUCUGCAGUUGCUGGUGCUGGGACUGCCUGCAGUUGCUGGUGCUGGCACUGUCUGCAGUUACUGGUGCUGGCACUGUCUGUAGUUGCUGGUGCUGGGACUGUCUGUAGUUGCUGUUGCUUAGUCUGCAAGCAUCUCUUGUAUGCAGAUGUUGUAUAGCCUGUAUACAGAAGCGUGUCUGUGUGCUUCAUUUUGUCUUGUAUAGUUCAUUACCUGUAUAUCUCGACAUCUUUAGUUACUGCGUUCUAUCCCUAGUUAUCUAUAAUCUAUGUCAGUUAAUUACAUAACUGCGUCAACUGUCUAGUUAUCUUGCAUUAUUGUUAGUGAUCACUAAUGUUGGCAGUCGAGGUUGCCUGUUGCUGUGUUGAACAGUUGCUGUGCUAUGCUUCAGCAGCAAACGUCGAUUGCUCUUAUUUGUUGAUAAGUUUCUGUGAUUAUUUCUCUAGUAUCUUCAGUUAUCACAUCAUGUUCUUAAUAAUCAUUUCUUCUCAUCAUCAUUAUAAUAUUCUGCGUAUGCCGCUCAUGUCUGAAUACAUUACAGAUAACACAAAAAUAGGUAUACCUUCGGGUUGUUAAAUUAUAGGAUUUUUGUUAUCACUCCAGUGCGGCAAAGGAUAUGAAAUAUUUAAUCAGCGGUCUGGUUUAUUUAAGAUUAUUUUCUCUUCUCGUAUUAAAGCCCAAGUUUAUUAGUUGCCUGGAGACUUCACUGGUCGCUCCAAAAAGAUCAUUUUAUAAUAACAAUUUUCUGAAUAUUUGCUGGUGUCUCUUUGUUGAAUGUUGCAGCGCCAAGCUCCUCCUACAGCAUUAUUAGUCACAUUCUUCAUGACUCAUCUCUUUGUAUUUAAUUAUUGAUUUGUUAUGUUAUUUAAUAAUUAUGAUUAUAAUCGUUAACGACCCUAACAUGACGUGCUGUCAGCACUCUCAUUCUCUCAUGUUGCCGCGGUCGUCACCCACCAUCACGCAUACCAGAGCUCGCCUGUAACUUGCUUAAUGCCAUCGAUGAUUAACAGUUCAUCUUUGAAAAUAAAGUCUGGUCGCUUAAUUAAUAACGGAGGUCUUGUCUUUAUUCCUCCAUCGAAGUCAGAUUUGUAUUAACAAUAGCCUAGCCACAACACAGAACUGCAGGCUAAGCUGUCCUUAGGAUCAACCUAGUCCUUAUUAGCCUCGACGGUGAUGUGACGUAGCUUCCCUUCUAUGCUCUUAAACCUGCGGCAUGUGUGAGAUUAGGUAGCUUGAAUCCUUCUAUGGGGAUAGGUAGUAGAUAUCAUGUCGUGAGGUGUUCUGCUAUAAGCUGUACUGUCUCAUAUGUAAUAAUGUUUUCUCAGCUUCACCAGCUACGGUGGUCACUAAAUGCGCCCAAUGCGUCACAUUGAAAACGCCGAAAUAGCUUUCAUUUGUUGGCUUUGCCUGCGGCCUCAUCGAGGCUUGUGGAACAAGAUCAUCUACAGCGCAAACCAUCACUUGCACAAUUCUAAAUCAUGCAACUUCCAUCUGACGCCCCAGCGUCAGUCUCCGGCGUAAGCACUCAAGUCACCAUAAGUCCACCGUGAGGCCCACCACUCUUCUCUCAUGCUGGCCUCUUGAGGCUCACCGUGCUGGCCUCGAUCAUCUCCACACCUAACACGCGCCCUCCAGACGCGUUACAUUUUCUUCCUGCUCGUCUCUGACUCUUUUAAAACCCAGGAAUGUUGCUCAUCAGUCUCCCUUCUGCGGCCUCUCUUAUAGAAAAUUGCUUCAAACGAGCCGGUGCUAUGAGGAAGCCAAGCUAUCCCAGCGUCGGCGAACACCCUCCUGCACGGCGGAGUCCGUCUAGAGCAACAGACUGUUGCUGCCGCCCCACCGAUCGCUUAAAAGACAUCCUACUUCCCCGCCCUUACCACUCAGUGCACAUGCAGCUUGAGUCAUGUCACUGUAACUUCCUGGGCGCCAUGUUAAGAGUGGGACGCUCACUGUAACUUUCUGGGCCCAUGUCUAGGGUGGGGUGCAUCAAACGCCUCCUGUUCUCAGUCAUCGUGUUUGUUUAGACUUAUGGUGUAUCGGCAUCGAUGAUGCUCCUUCAUGGCAGAUAUAUAUUGCUUUCUGGGAUUUCGAUCUAGAGUAAUUUUAUUAUGAUUGUUCUUGCGUCGAGGAUUGUUCUUUGAAUAAAUAACUCAGGCUAAUGUGGCAGGACUGUUGAAUUGACCCGUGCGUUGAAUAUAACACAGGCUAGUGUGGCAGAAAUCCUUAGAACUUAUCGUUGCGCUGAUGUGAUGCUUGAUUGAGACGUAAAUCAUAAUUUUUAUCAAUUAUUACAUCCAUAUUGUUAGCUUUAAUUCCAUGAUGCCUGUUCUGGAACUAAGCUUCAAAACAAACACAUUGUUAUUCUAAAUAAACAGCUUGCUCUUUUAAUACAUGUACUUGGUGGAAAAGUUUUUAGUUUUGUUGCCUACUCAUGAAAAUGCAUGGAAAAAUAUUGUGUAGUAAACUCGCGUUUUGUACGGCCAUGUAAUAUGUUUGUCAUGUAUUCUUCAAGUUAUUUUCGUGUUGUGUUAGGAAAAACUGUUAGGUUCUUAUGUCUUUGCUGUGAUUUUUGUAUUUUCUGCACAUAUUAUCUUGUCGCGAUCGAUAUUUAAAAAUGAUCUUUUUAAUUAUAAAUUCGCCCUCUUUUAAUCAUCACCAUAUAUUUUGUGUGAUAAUGAAUUAAUUGUAUGUUUAUAAAAUGCUCUUUUUUGCUAGUUUCAAUGAAGACGUGUUGAAUACGUUUAGUCAUUACGUGUUAAUGGUCAAUAGAACCCACGAUGCUUUGUGGGAUUAGCUUUGGGAACGACUGCGCUGUAGGGGGAAUAACAUUCCACAUCACUGGGGAAGAGGGGAAUGUAGGUCAUUCUUGGUCAUUCCCCGCACUAGGGAAUAGGGGAAUGUGUGACCAAGUGCGGUCCCAGAUCCUGUGGCGGUGCGAGUCCCACACUUGUGGUCCAGGUGCAAGGCCCAGCUACUGAGGUCCAGGUGCAAGGCCCAGCUACUGAGGUCCAGGCAUGGGUCCAGCCCCAGACCCCCUAAUAGACCCCGUUCUUGUAUAGCGCUCACCAUAACGCAGUAAACUCUAUCAAUCGCG